UUAAAAAAGAGGGCAAUACCAGUCUACCCAAAACGCAAGCCAAAUCAAAUCUCAAAACGCGAAUCGCGCAGCUUAACUCAGCGAGCUAGCGAGCGAGUACAUAAACAGUUGCGCGCGUGUUUGCAAAGUCAGACAACUCAGUCGGUACCCUUUCACUGCUGGCGCUCUUCCCACUCGCCCGACUCGGUCGAACCCAGUAACUCGCCACUCUCUGCCACUCCACCACCACUGUCAGAGAAUUCACAACUCUCACAGCUUCGAAUUAGCAGAGAUCUCCAACAAAUUUUGAAAAUUUUGGAACUUAACUUUGAAUUUGAAUUUCGGAACGAUUUCAGAGGCUUCGAAUUCACAUGGAAGCAGUGGCUUCGCCUCUUCCGUGGAUCCCGGAAGACGACCUCCGCUUGAAGGACGCCAUGGAGACGGGUGCUUCUCUGGAAGCACUUGCCAGAGGCGCGGUACGAUUUUCGCGCAAAUUCACGAUCGGAGAGUUGCGGGAUCGGUGGUACUCGCUCCUCUAUGACGCCGAUGUCUCUGCGGAGGCGUCGGCUCGGUUGGUGGAAUUGGAAGGUUGCAAUUCCAACUCAGCGUCCAAGGCUAGUAGAUUCACUCUUUCUAGGGGUUUGAAUCGAAAAUCCAAUAGCAUACGAAAGCAUUACUAUGCUAUGCGGAAGAUAGAGAGGAAACUGUGCGCUGUUAAUUCCGUUGAUCACGAUUCUUAUCAGAAGGAGUUUUUCGAUCGUAAUUUUCUUUUUGGGCCGGAUGUUGAUGAUGGCAAGGCUUUAGAGGAAAAUUUUGGGGUUGGAGAUCAUAAUCAGCCCGUGUUUUUGGACUGUGAUGUGGAUAACGGCAAUGCCACUCAUGCAUUUCGUGAUGGAGAGUGUGUUUCGAUUGGAAAUCAUGGGGUCGAGGGAGGUGGAGAGUGUGUUUCGAUUGGAAACCAUGGGGUGGAGGGAGGUGGAGAGUGUGUUUCGAUUGGAACUCUUGGGGUGGAAGGAGUUGUGGGGGAAGGGUGCUUGAAUGGAUUUGUUGAACAGGUUUCGUUAUUGCCAGGUAGCGGAUUAGGAGAGAAUGCUUUUUGCCAUGAUAAUGCUUGUCAUGAUCUGCCUACUCACCGAGAUGAUGGAAUUGAUUUUGGGAAUGCCUCAGAUGCGGAAGAUAUAGGGCCAUCUCAUGCAUCAAUAGAUGAGCCUCUUUGGAAAACGAUUGAGGAUGUACCGGCACCUGAAAUGCCCAUGGAUGUCAGCAUGGGGGUUAAUGGUGAGGGUGCCCGAAAGACAUUGGAAGUUACUGAUGAUAUGGAUGUGGAUAAUAUUGGUUCAUCUCAAUACGAAGUUGUCCAUUCUGUCACGAUUUCCGGAGGUGAUUAUGCAGAUAUAUACCUUGCGAAUGAUGAGCUUGCCUUCAUGGAUGUAAAUGGCAAGGAGUCAAUAGAUAAGUUCUCUUCUGAAAACCUGAAUCCGAUUCUGUUGAGCGAGACCAAAGAUGUUCAUGAAAAUGAUGCACCCAACUUUUGUCAGCCCCCAAAGUUGGUUUCAGAUUCAUGCCAGGCUGUUACAGACAAUGUGCAGGCUGCUGAGAUGGAUGUUGCUUCUGAACCGUCUCACUCUGACCAAGAUGAUCAGCAUGUUAUCUCGUGUUCCAAAGCCAAUAUGACAGCAUCUACAUCAGUGCCACAUCCUCUUACUCCUGAACAUUAUCAUGAAGAGAUGAUUUGCACAUUGAAUACUGAGGACCCUGAAAUCCCAUGCAAUGAUGAUAUAUUCCCAUCUGCUGCAACUGUUCAUGCUGUGGUGAAAAAGGAAUUGUGA